AUGAAUCUCCUGCAGAGUCAUUUUACUUGGAUAAUACUAGUAUUACAUAUAAUUAUUUACGCUUUUCAAGUUGACGCUAACGUCGAAUUUCAGUCCACACGUCGAUCGUCUCUCGGAAAUGUAACAUUUCUAGAGGAGGGCGUUGGUAGUAGUGGCGCGGACAAUAAGUCUGUACUGUCUAUAGGCGAUGACCAGCAUCUUCAAGAUUUAAGCGUCAGCUUGCAAACAUCUGCAGGGAAAUCUCAGAGCACUGCAGCUCCUGAGCCAAGGUCGGUGCCAGACAGUGCCAGCAGAGUGAAUCCGAAAGUGGAAGAAACGUCAACACUAACAGGUCAUUCCCAGGAAAACCACGGAUUUAUUGGCAAAGGAGACCUUUCCGGUGCUGACGAAGAACGAGAUGAUUCAAAAAGCUGGUCAAUGAUCUCUGCAACUGAAAGCCUUGAUAAACAAGGAGUUACAGUAAAUGGGGGACAGGAAAUGCUAGACGCAUUAACAUUGACAGUUCAUAGAAUGACUGCAUCGACGGAUGAUCCAGCGACCCAGUCUGGCUUACCGCGGAUGGCUGGUGCUGGCAGUACUGACGUGGACAAUGAAUAUGUGCCGUCUGUAAACGGUAAACCGGGUCUUCAAAAUGUCAGCUUCGGCAAAAACGCAGGGGCGAGUAAAUAUCGGAGCACUGCAACUCCUGAGCCCAAAUCGUUGCCAGGUAAUGCCAGCACAGCUCACGCCACAGCGGAAGAAAUAUCCCCAAGAGAUGAUCGCCAUGAAAACCCCGGAUUUAUGGACAAAAGAGGCUUCUCUGGUGCUGACAGAGAACUAGAAAACGACUCGGCGACUAAAGGACUCGCAAAGGAUGAACGAGGAGUUACAGUCAAAGAAGAGCAAGUGCAAAACUUAGCUAAUACCCCGACGGAGGAUCCACCGCCCCAGCCAGAUUUAUUGCUGUUGGCAAAACUGAAGGAGAUCAAAGAGAUGGAAAAAACAGCACCGAAGUCGGAUGCGGCAUAUCAGCACCAUGUUGCAGCGAUUCAUGCGGUCAUGGUUGUGAUCUCCAUGAUGACGGCGUCAUGUCUGGUUCGGUUUCUAUGGGAGCGAUAA